UCAGGUGCAAGUGUUAGGUUUAUUAGGUUCAUUGGUGUUGUGUCUUUGUUUCUUUGUUUCCCAGAGAACCUCGUUCAGAUCUUCUAUCUGGUGUGAAAUACACAGUAGGAGUUCAAGAGACACAAUUAGCAUUAUGUCCGCAGGGUUGGAAUUGGUGGGAAUUGCUUUGUGCAUCUUGGGAUGGAUCAUUGCCAUUUUAGCCUGUGCCCUGCCCAUGUGGAGGGUGACAGCCUUCAUCGGAAGCAACAUUGUGACAGCCCAGAUCAUCUGGGAGGGCCUGUGGAUGACCUGUGUAGUGCAGAGCACUGGGCAGAUGCAGUGUAAGGUGUACGACUCCAUGUUGGCCCUCUCCCAGGACCUCCAAGCGGCCCGUGCUCUUACUGUGAUCUCCAUCCUGCUGGCCAUAUUGGCUGUGCUCAUAGCCAUAGCGGGGGCCAAGUGUACCAACUGCAUUGAGGACGAGGCAUCCAAGGCCAAGGUAAUGAUCAUCUCUGGGGUCUUCUUCAUUGUGUCGGGGGUCAUGCAGCUCAUACCCGUGUCCUGGUCGGCCAACACCAUCAUCAGGGACUUCUACAACCCCCUGCUGACUGACGCACAGAGGAGAGAGCUGGGGGCAGCCUUGUACAUUGGCUGGGCGGCUGCUGCUCUCAUGAUCUUAGGCGGAGGGCUACUCUGCUGUUCCUGUCCACCCAAUGAAAAGAGGUACAACCCAUCAAGGAUGGCGUACUCUGCCCCGCGCUCCGCAGGUGGGCCCGGGUUUGAGAGGAAAGACUAUGUGUGAAAAAAUUUAGAAAAAACUAUUUUGACAAUCCGAACUGUUGUGUGCACCUUUCACAUAGUUGUGUGCCUCAGAAAGGGCUGAGCGAAACUGCCCAUGGAGACUCCAUCAUGAAGGAUGUAUUUGGUGAUGACUUUUAUGGAUGUUUUGUUGGAUUUGAUUUGGACUUUGCAUAUUUGUGUCUGUGAUAAUAUCUCUGCUAUCAGAGUAAUUUCAGACACUGGGACGGAUUGAGAAAGAUGAGGAAAAGAUCCUUCCAUUUGUCUUUAGUGAGGAUGUAUGAAACAUAAAAGAUCAAUGUUUUUUAAACAAUCCAUACAAUUCAGCUUGGGAGGAUUUCAGUUCCACUGAUUCAUGUAAAUUCAUGGUACAAAAUGAUAGAAAUAAUUGUCUGGCCAAUAGUCAUGUUAGUUUGGAUAUUGUAUCAGGUCAUUCCUCUAGCUUCAAUAUGACCACAUUGUAAUAUGCAUAACACACUCUUUAAAUCAGUCAAUCAUUUUAAUCAAUCAAUUCAGAAACUACAGAUAAAGUUGGCUUUUUGGCCCUUUAUAUAGAUCUGUAUUUCUUUCAAUUACAUUUCCAUGUGUGAACUGUUGUUUUUUAUGUUUUUUUUCCACAAAAUUUAAGAUUUGAUAUUGAUCCUAUAUCAUCAGUGUUAUGAGUGAGAUUGUGUGACACACAUUUUGUACAUUUGUUGAUUUACUGUUCUAGUGCACUAUCAGUUUGACAAAGAUCACGAGUACUAUUUAACACAGUGUCAACAGUACACAGGGUACCGUAGAGGCCAGGGACACACAUGAUGCAUAUCUCAGUGUCUGUGUGAUAGGGUUAGAUAGGUGCACCAUGUGUCUAGCCACAACAGUGCUUCUGUGCUGGUUCUGCAGUGCUAAA